AUGCGAAACCCACCAAUCUUAACUGCCCGAAAACCAGGUGAAAAGCUUUUUAUGUAUCUUGGAGUCUCUAGCAUUGCAACAAGCGUCGUUCUGAUACGAUGUGAAAAGGGUAAGCAGUUCCCAGUGUUCUAUGUUAGCAAAACAAUGUCCAAGCCAGAGAGAAGGAACUCAAAGGCCGAACGAGUGAUCUUGUCUUUGGUGAAUGUAAAGAGGAAGCUCAUGCACUAUUUCGAAUCACAUCCUAUAGUCGUUUUGACCAUUUUUCCCAUAAGGGUAAUUCUGCAUAAGCCAGAUUUGUCUGGGAGAAUGACGAAUUGGGCAAUAGAGCUGAGCUCUUUUGACAUAACGUAUGAACCCCGAAGGGCCAUCAAGGGACAAGCGGUGGCUGAUUUCUUAUUGGAGUGUGAUGUAGCGGACCCGGAGGAAAAUCCUGGAGAAUCUUCAUGGAAGCUUUUCGUUGAUGGUUUUUCAAAUCAGAUGGGGGUCAAAAGUUUAGUUGCUUUUAGCGAUUCGCAGCUGAUCGUUCAGCAAGUGACUGGGGAGUACAUAGCCAAGGAUGAAACAAUGGAGGUAUAUCGUUCUGCCAUUAUGCGUGAGGCUAGGAAUUUUGAUCAAAUCAAAUUCAUCCAACUGCCGAGGGAGUAUAAUGAGGACGCCGAUCGGUUAGCAUGCAGUGUGUCGAGUUCUGGAGAAACACUGGCAAGGGUGAUUUCUGUUGGUGUGUUAUGCCAGCUGUCUAUCUUUGAAGAACCAUCGAGCUCGGAUCCUUGGCAAGUGAAUGUCAUACCAUAUGAGCCGAGUUGGAUAAAUCCAAUUCUGACCUAUAUACAAGAUGGUGUUCUGCCCGAGCAAAGGGAUGAAGUAAGGAAGUUCAGAUCGAAUGCUGCAAAGUAUGCCAUAAUACACAACCAGUUGUAUAUGAGGUCUUACUUAGGGCCUUACUUGAAGUAUGUUUCCCCCACAGAAGCUAGGCAGAUAUUGCGAACUAUCCAUGAAGGUGUAUGUGAAGAAAAGAAAGACGCAGCAGCAGUAAGGCUUGCAGCUUAUCAGCAGAUGCUCAUGAAUAGCCACAACAAAAAGGUGAGAUAUAGAGAUUUUGCACCUGGUGAUCUGGUUCUGAAAAAGAAGGUGGGAAUUCUCAAGAAGAUGAUGUCACCAUGGUAA